GCACUGGAGACAUUCGAAUUGAGUGCGCUUUAGCGGCCGCCUGACGCGUACGCAGAGCUGGGGCAUGAAGGCGGGUCGCAGGCCGGUCUUUCUCAGCCAACCGUUGUACGAACUGCCCUUCGAAAAGUCAACUGAGAACUUGGUGCAGAAUACUGCACAAGGAAGCAACGAGAACAUCACAAGCUUGUUUGCCGUAUUCUUCCGCCUGAUCUCUGCGGUUCUUGGAAUCCUGACCUUCGUGGCUCUCAUAAUAUAUUAUGUCUUAAUUGAUUCGACAUCCUGGACAACCCUUCGGAUUGAUAGGUCCAUGAAGAGUAUGAUAAUUGGAGCCGCUUACACCACCCGUGUUCCAGAAACCCGCCAGAGUUCAUGGCAAAAAGCUGCUGGCAUGUUCCAGGCUUGCGUUGCCCUUGUAAAAUCAGGGCGCGGCCAGAGGGAUGACCUUCUGAAUUGGUUGGCUUCUGUACAUCUGGACCUGAGAGAUUGGACAGCACUGAACACCGUCGAUCCAAAGGACAUGAUAGUGCGGUGUUCCCUUGACUUUGGUGUACACGUGAUCAUUGCUAUAAAACUAUACGAUGAAGUUUUUGCCAGAAAGAAACGGCAGAUUUAUAUGGCUUACAGCGAAAGUGAUGAACAGUGGUGGAUAACAACGAGAAGCCUUCCCCAAAAUGAGCUAUUUGAGUUAUACAUACACUUCCUGAAUUUGUACGGCUUCCAUGAUGAGAUCGCUGUCAAUCUUGCUGAAUAUAUCAGCCUAAUCGAGAGAACAAUUGACAGCAUCGCCCUCAGCAAUAGUGCCACCUAUUCCCCGGUUGUGGUUGGAUCAAUACAAGACAUGGGGCAGCUGACAGCUCCGUACAUAACCGGAGUGGAAUGGGCCUCCGCUUUUGCCAAACACACCAACAAUUCCUACCUGGGUGGCGACUCGAUUAUGUACACAGCGCACCCACUCUACACUGUCGCGGGACUGUUCGCAACUGUAGACGCAGGAGGGAUUCGCUUCCUGAUUGCAUGGAGCCUGUUCAGACAGCUGGUGCCGUUUGCGAAUCCGACGUUCUUUCUGAACGACGAUGCUUUAACCGACACUUGCUACACGGACGUGCAAAAAGUCAUGAAGCUCGCAUUUGCGGCCCCUUACUUGCAUCACGUGACAAAUAUUGACACAGUGAAGAUGGCAACAUCAAUGGUGCGAAGAAUUCGCGAGGCCUUCCGGACAGCUCUGAACACUUCGAGUUGGGUGACAGGCGUCGCGCGGGAAGUUGCAAUCGAGAAGAUCAGCAACAUGCAGUCCCACCUCGGAAGUCCUGGCCAGCGGCUCGACCCUGCUAAGAUAGAUGACUAUUACGAUAAUUGCCCACGAAAUGAUGCACGGUUACGACAUGGAUGGAAUCAACUAUGGUGCGGAUGGCACGCCGCAAGAAUGGGUAACACCCGAGUUUCUAGAAAAGUACACGGAAAGGACGCUUUGCUUGAGAGAGUCGCACAAAGCUGCAUUGACGACGAGAGCCCGUCAGGUUGUGCUCAACGACAUCAUCGACUCGGAGAACUUGGCCGAUUUUGUUGGCACUGCAGUUUCUUACGCGGCCUUCACUUCCUUACCGCCUGUUGAACGGGAUGUGACGCUUCCGGGCGUCAACCUUACUGCCGAGCGUCUCUUCUUUAUUGGCUAUUGCAGCAAGUUGUGUGCGAGCCGGUAUGUGUUUAACGAAAGGUACGCCCCAGACCCCUCCCGCUGCAUUGUGCCAAUCAUGAACAUGGCCGAAUUCUCGGACGCUUUCGGAUGUGCACCAGGCUCUCGCAUGAACCCGUCUAAGAAGUGCGCCUUCUGGCCAUGAAGACAUCUUUUGUGUCUGUUACGGUGGUUUUGAUUUUCUUUUUCCAAAUAUAUAUUUUGUAAAUUCGA